AUGUCCGUGCGAACCCUGCAGAUGCUGGUAAAUAUCCAGACACAGAGCAAGGCCAUUACCUAUGCAGGCUGCAUCAUCCAGAUGCAGUUUUUCAUACUCUUUUCAGGAUUGGACAUUUUUCUGCUGACCAUAAAGGCCUGUGACCAGUUUGUGGCCAUCUGUCACCCCCUGCACUACUUGGUCAGUAUGAAGCCUUGGAUAUGUGCGUUGUUGGUUCUGGUGUCCUGGAUCAUUAACAUUCUACAUUCUUGGUUGCAAAUCAUCAUGAUGUUGCAGCUGUCCUUCUGCUCAGACUUGGAAAUCCCCCACUUUUUCUGUGAACUCAAUCACCUGGUCCACCUUACCUGCUCUGACACCUUUGUCAGUGAGGUGGUGAUGUAUGUUGCUGCAGUCUUGCUGGCUGGUGGUGCCUUUGCUGGUAUCCUUUACUCCUACUCCAAGAUUGUGUCCUCCAUCCAUGCAAUCUCAUCAGCUCAGGGCAAGUACAAAGCCUUUUCCACCUGUGCAUCUCACCUCUCCGUGAUCUCCUUUUUUAUGGCAUGA